CGUACGCAUGCCGAGCAUAUACUUUGCAGAGGUCAACUCAGAGCAGGAAUUACUGGACCUAUGCCUUGAAACCAAGUUUGAGCAACAGGUAAGUGAUUAUUACAUUUUGGGCAGGAGACGGUGACAUGGUCUGUCAGGGAUGAUAUUUUGACCAACAACACCUUCCUUUUAGAUAAAGGGCGGUUCGGUUGUCAGUGUGGAACCAAUUAUGGAAGAACAUGACUUAAAGGACCAGGGAGGCUCUCAGAUAUACAACUGGACAUGGGACCAUUCAAGAGACCGCGCACAGGACGAUCCGCUGGGCCACAAAGCCGUGUUUGCUUUCCUACAUCGGAAUCCUUCAACUGGCAAUGCAGAUAUUCUCUCAAAAUUCUCGCUCUGGAUCAUUGACUCCCCUUCUGCUGGACAGGAUGCGGGGCAUAAGCAAUCUGAACCACAUCGGCCGUCUUCAACAAACAGCCGGCAUUGGAGGCAGGCGUCAAUCCCAGAAAGAAUUGGGGGCAUCACUCGACUUGGCUCCUUUCAUUCCAAGGGUGUCUCCGUGCCCUCGAGCCACGCCUCAUUACUUGACGCUAGUACCAACUCAGCCGCACCAGGGCUGGCUGCAGACGCCUUCGGGCCUACUGCAGGAUUAUCCUCAAAUCCAAACCUGGUACCGCUCGCCCAAGACACUGAAGACGGACCGCUCUUCCGAGCGACUGUCGCAGAGUGUGAGAACCACAUUCGUGACAUGAAGGCAUCGACAAAACGGAUCAUCAAGGCUGCGCAGACGGUUCUCGAGGCUCGGAAAGCACUGGUGGUCGCAGAUGAAGCCUUUGUCAAGGAGAUGGAGGGGUUCAAGCCGGCAGAGCCUCUAAUCAACAACUAUCUUCGACCUAUGUCCCAGUGUCUUGCUGAGACGGCUGAUGUUCUUGGACACCAGAUGCGCAGUCUAUUGAUCGAGCCGCUCUCUCGGUUCUAUAGUAAUGAUAUCAAAGCGGCGGAAGUCCACCGAAAGUCGUUCGACGACGAGAGCAAGGAGUACUACCAGUUCCUGUCUCGAUACAUGGCCAUGAAACAGGAGAGUAAUCGGAAAAAGGGCGAGGCGGAUGCAAAAUACGAAAAGAAACGGCGGCAAUUCGAGGUCAAGCGCUUCGAGUACUGGGGAUUCCUUCUCGACAUGCGAGUCGGCGGCAGCAAGAGCGACGAGAUUUUGCACCAUCUAACCAACUACUCGGAAAAGCACUGCAGAAACAUGAUGGAUACGGCACUUCUAGCAGAAGAUUUGAAGCCCGGCUUGGAUCUGCUCGCAGCUGAACUUUUAGAAUCUCACAAACGAGCGGCAAUCGUCAGGAAGGAACGCCAGGAACGAAGGAAGGAACUACUGGAUAGCCACGACGACGGUCCCUCGUCGGUUCCUUUCUCAUUUACAAGAAGCAGCUCCCAUCUUGCCUCCACUUCGACUCCUCCUCCCAACAGCUCCGAUGCACCCUCUGACGGCAAUCUUGAUAUUCCCAAUGUUACCCAAGAAUCCCCUGAGGACCAUCAAGACAGUAAUGCAGGAGCAGACCAGAAACUCGCCACUAGUGCGUCGCCCACUUCGUCUUCAGCGCUCGGUUCGGCUCAACUUGUCAACAACACCAUACCAAAGUUUACUGGCAUUCGUGAUUUGGAGCAUCAGGACAUUGAUGCCAGCUCGGCCCUGGGAAGGCGCAAGGAGGGCUUUUUAUUCGCUACAAGUCGGCCCAGCAUGCACAACAACUCGGCAGUCCUCGAGAAACCCAGCAUCAACUGGCACAAAUAUUGGUGUGUUGUGUCUGAGGGACACCUUCACGAAUAUUCACACUGGAAAAAGGGUGCCACCAUGCUGCACAACGAGCCUAUCAACCUCAAGAUCUCAACUGUACGGCCAUGUCGGAAUCAGGACCGUCGAUUCUGUUUCGAGGUGAUCACCCCAAAAUACAGACGUGUUUACCAAGCGACAAGCGCGGAGGACAUGAACUCUUGGGUCAGCGUCAUUUCCAAUGCAAUUCAAAGUCUUUUGAAUGGCUCGAGUAGCUGCCAAAGUCUCGACAUGUACUCCUCCGGCAAGGACCCCAGGGCUAGCAGUAAUUAUGGUGUCGACGGUUUUAACUCGAGUCUGAGCGCCGCUGGUCGGUCAAGCAUGGACCAGGCAAUGCACGUAGCAUUCGCAGACAGAAAUCUAGCUGGAAGUAUUGGCGAUAUUUGGGGUUCUCAAGAGCCGACUUAUUAUUUUGAUCAUCUUGGUACUCGACUCUUGAAGAUCAUGCGGGAAACACAUCCAGCGAACAACUUCUGUGCUGAGUGUGGAGCCAAGAACCCAGACUGGUGUGCCAUCAAUCUGGGCAUCCUGAUUUGCAUCGAAUGCUCUGGGAUUCACAGAAGUCUAGGAACACACAUUUCAAAAGUUCGAUCAUUCACUCUGGACACUACCUCAUACACACGGGAUCUCUUUGAUUUUAUCCGCUCUGUAGGCAAUGAAAUCUCGAAUCGGAUAUGGGAAGCAAACCUCGUUCAAUCUGCUCAUGAGAUCCCAGAAGAUCAAUCUUCAAUCAAAGUCGUCUUCCGGAGGCCUCUUGUGAACGAUAUGCGAGAGUACAAGGUUGCAUUUAUUCAAAAGAAGUAUGCUGAGCGCGCCUUUGUUGACCGUCAGCGAUACAUGGAAGGUGCCGAUCCAUCAGAGAACAUGGCCAUACUUGCAACAAAGGGACUUUUCCAAGCUGCGAUCACCAACAAUAUACCCGAUGUCAUUGCGGCAUACGCAGCCGGCGCGGACCUCAACGCGGUACAGGAGUCCGACGAGCAGGAAAGCGAGACCAUCCAUUCAGGAACUGGACAUGGAGCGUCAGAAGCGGAUGGAACAACGGGGUCUUCGAUCUUGGGCGAUGGACAGAUGCAGUCGAGCCUGGAAGGCCUCACAUCGAGCACAGAAGGUUCUCCACGUUUGUCGAGAUCAACAAUCGGAUCUAUGAUUUUGAAUGCAUCUGGAGUAGGUGCAGGUGCAGGACAGGGGCAACAGCAAGGACAGCAGACGUCAGUGGACGUCCAGGAUUCGUCUUUGUCUUCAACGACCGACCCCUAUGGCUCCUCUUCGUUCAUGGUUAUGCAGACGUCGCCACUGCUGCUCGCCCUCCAGCACGGUGUUCCAUUCAGUCUUGAUGAGCAAUACGAAGUGUAUCCUAUGGCCGAGUUUAUGAUUCAGAAUGGUGCUACUAGCAACCUAAGCGUAGAGGUGCGCCUUAUUGACGAUGAUACUGACGGAACAGGGCAGCCAAGCUCAUCAGAUGGAACAAGCGCGCAAGUGGACGAUUCAUCUACUACUCAACAGAACGCACUUCUCUUAUCGACAGACGCAACGACCCCUAGUAGCGAAAUUGGAUGGGAUUCGACACAGGUCGACCUAGAAGACAUCCGGAACCACCAACAGAGGAGCAACCGCCGAAGUCUUGGACAAGUUGUACACAUGAGAGGCGAGGGAGGCGGAACAGCAAUGGAAUAUCUUCGUGCCAAGAGUGCAGCGCGUGGGGAGCUGAUGCUAGGAUCGCCGCCCGCCAUCAACUAUAACGACCCUAUGUUGUCGACCUCCCCCAAUGCCCUUUCGCCUCGCCUUCGUCCACAGAACCCCAUUGCUGGUCCUGGUUCUAUCUCUGCUCCAACAUCGGCCACAUCGUCUCCUACCCCUGCAGGAACGUAUUCCACAACACUCAUCCGUCAACCCAGCUCAACGUACCAAGACAUCUCAACCUUAUUCCAGAAGCGUCGCGAGAGCGACAGCGCAUCCGGCCCAGCGCUGCCUGCUGCAGGCAAGACAACCGAAUCAUCGUCAGACAAAAAGUCGGGAUCGUACAAGCUGCAGAACGCAGCGACCGUCCCAUCCUCUCCAGCCAUGCAACAACAUUCCUGGGCUGACAAUCUGUCCUCUCAUUCUGCGCUGCACUACUCCAGCAGCCGUGCCCACAAGAUGAAGGCGACGCUCUCGAAAAGUCUUCGAUUGUCGGCAGCGUACAUCAAGAACAAUAUGUUGAAGGAGGACAGGGAAACCCUCAUGUCGAACACCGCGCAGGCAGUGACACCGUCUGUUCCCUCGUCAUCGAGCAGUUUGCCGAAGCAAGGGGACGCGGCUUCGGUCUCGAGUAAUGCCUCGAAUGAGGCAACACCAACUAUAUCAGCUCCGACAACGUCAACAAGUGCGGAUCAAACCCAUUCGGAGGCGCCUCUGUCUGGACCGUAUGUAAUUCUACACAGGAAGGGGUCAAACCCGCCAACGCCUGGCUCUGCCCCUAGUUCCAGCUCCAAUGCUGGUGCGCCAUAGGGAUAAUGUUAGAUAUCAUUAUGUCUUAAACAUGAGAAUACCAUUGCAGUAUUCUAUUUAUGAACAGAAUAUUAUUGUAUUACCACGCACUAUUA